CCCACCACCUGCCAAGAUGUCGUACAUGGGCAUGAGCCAGCACAUCGACUUCGACAACCUGCCUGACCCCAACACCCGCUUCGAGCUCCUGGAGGUCAUCGGGGAGGGCACGUAUGGCGAGGUCUUCGCUGCCAAGGACCAUGAGACGGGUGGCAUGGUCGGCAUCAAGAUCAUGGAGAACAUCGGGGAGAACCUUGAGGAGAUCGAGGAGGAGUUCCUGAUCCUGCGGGACCUCAGCCUCCACCCCAACCUGCCGGCGUUCCACGGGAUCUUCCUCAAGAGAGGGAACAAGCAGGAGGAGGACCAGGCGUGGCUCGUCAUGGAGCUUUGCCCAAGAGGUUCAGUGACAGACCUCGUUCAAGCACUCAUUAGACGAGGUCAAAGACUGACGGAGCCACAGCUUGGUUACAUCCUCAAGGAAACCAUUGAUGCCAUGGCGUACCUGCACCAGAACCACUGCAUGCACCGAGACAUCAAGGGCCACAACAUCCUCCUGACCGACCAAGGCGCCAUCAAGAUCAUCGACUUCGGCGUCAGUUCCCACCUGUCCUCCACGUGGGGCAGACGCAACACCUCCGUCGGAACGCCCUACUGGAUGGCCCCUGAGGUCAUCGCGUGUGAACAGCAACUGGACUACAGCUACGACGUCCGCUGCGAUGUCUGGUCCCUGGGCAUCACCGCCAUCGAACUCGCCGACGGAGAGCCACCCCUCUCUGACGUCCACCCGAUGAGGGCGCUCUUCCAGAUACCCAGAAAUCCUCCACCUAGCGUCGAGCGUCCUAUCGAAUGGUCUGCGGAAUUCAACGACUUUGUGGCCGAAUGCCUCGUGAAGGAUUUCGAACAGAGGGCGACGCCGAAGGAACUGCUGCAGCAUCCUUUCAUCAAGAGUGUGCCUAACAACCCGGAGGAGAUCCGCCGCCAGCUCUGCCAACUGCAGGACGACCUCAGGAUCAAGAACCAGCUGGUGCAGAAGGACCCCGAAGCCACGAUCAAGGGAGGGGCGUUGAAGGCUGACAGGAAGACCAAGAGGACGCCCAUAUGGAUGGAUGACCUGGCCAGUCUGGAGAAGCUCUCGGAGGAUAUCAUCGUGGACCACCUCGGCCGGCGGUACGACACCAACCAGAUCUACACCUACAUGGGCGACAUCCUCAUAGCGGUCAACCCAUUCAAGGAGAUCGGAGUGUAUGGAGAGAAGGAAUCCCGAAUGCACCGCGGGAUGGGCAAGAGCGAGAACCCGCCCCACAUCUUCGCCAUGGCCGACAACAGCUACCACACCAUGCUGCACCAGAAGCAACAGCAGUGCAUCGUUAUAUCGGGGGAGUCGGGCGCCGGGAAGACAGAGAGCGCCAAUUUCCUUCUGAAACAGCUGGUCACGCUCGGCAAGGCACCCAACAGGAACCUCGAAGACAAGAUCCUGUUAGUGAACCCCAUCAUGGAAGCCUUCGGAAACGCCAAGACGGGAAUUAACGACAACUCCUCGCGGUUCGGAAAAUACUUGGAACUGACGUACACUCGCCUCGGCAAGGUCACCGGAGCCAAGAUUUCCGUCUACCUCCUGGAGCAGUCGAGGGUGGUCCACCAGGCGAAAGGCGAACAGAACUUCCACAUCUUCUACUACCUGUACGACGGUCUUGAAGCCGAGAACAAGCUGAUGCAAUACAGUCUUGACAAGAGCAAGCGAGACAAGCAUCGGUAUCUUGCUGGUGCGGCGUGGAGCAAGGAGAAGAGUGAGGCAAACGUCCAGCAAUUCAACAAGGUGGUCGAGGGUUUCACGUCCUUAGGUUUCCGAGACGACGAGCUGGACUCCGUGUACAGAAUCCUGGCGGCCAUUAUUAACCUGGGCGACGUCGAAUUUUAUCAGACGAUUGAUAAGGAUAACAUGGAGCAGGCGGCGGUGAAGAAUGUGGAGCAGAUUAAGAUCGUAUCGGAACUCCUCGGCAUCGACCCCGCUGACCUAGCAGACGCCCUGACCUCCAACAGCGUGGUGACCAAGGGCGAGAUCAUCACCAGGAACAACACGGUGGAGGAGGCGGUCAGCACGAGGGACGCCAUGGCCAAGGCGAUGUACGGCAGACUCUUCGACUGGAUCGUCAAUAACAUCAACCGCCUCUUGUCCUUCUGCAGGAUCGUCUACGGCGACAGUCUAGCCGUGGGUCUUCUGGACAUCUUCGGCUUCGAGAACUUCGACACCAACUCCUUCGAACAGCUCUGCAUCAACAUAGCCAACGAGCAGAUCCAGUACUUCUUCAACCAACAUAUCUUCACGUGGGAGCAACAGGAGUACAUGUCGGAGGGAAUUGAGGUGAAUAUCGUGGAAUUUGCCGACAACCGACCUAUCCUGGACAUGUUCCUGGCCAAACCAAUGGGUCUUCUUGCCCUUCUGGACGAGGAAAGUCGAUUCCCACAGGCCAGUGAUCAGUCUCUUGUUGACAAAUUCCACAGCAACGUCAAAUCUCAGUUCUACGUGAAGCCCAAAGCCCAGAGCCUGGACUUCACCAUCCGCCACUUCGCUGGGAAAGUAUCCUACAACGCAGAGAAGUUCCUGGAGAAGAACAAGAACUUCUUGCCGACCGAAGUUAUUCAGUUGUUCAGACAGAGCGCGCAUGAUGUUAUAAGAUUCCUGUUCCAGUGCCCGCUCACCAAGACGGGCAACCUGUACUACGCGACCCCCCGCGCCUCCCCACGCAGUACCAUCAGCGACAGGCCCAAGUCACGCCAGGGAAGCACCAAAACACAAUACGACAGCCGCGGCCUCGCCUCGCAGACGAAGGCGCAGCAGACGGUGGCCACCUACUUCAGGUACUCGCUCAUGGACCUCCUGCAGAAGAUGGUGAACGGGACGCCACACUUCGUCAGGUGCAUCAAGCCCAAUGACGAGAAGCUCCCGGAUAAGUUCGAUGCCAAGAAGGUACAACGUCAGCUGCGCUAUGCGGGCGUGAUGGAAACUGUCAGGAUCCGUCAGCAUGGCUACUCACAUCGCAUUCCCUUCGCUGAAUUCCUACGCAGAUACUGCUUCUUGGCCUUCAACUUCGACGAGCGCGUGACCGCCUCGAAGGACAACUGCCGCCUCCUCCUCAUCCGACUCAAGAUGGACGGCUGGGCGAUCGGCAAGACGAAGGUGUUCCUCAAGUACUACCAUGUGGAGUAUCUGGCCAAGAUGUAUGAGAAGCAGAUCCGCCGCGUGAUCCAGGUGCAGGCGUGCGUGCGGCGGUGGCUGGCGCGCGUGCGGUACCAGAAGCAGAAGUGGGCCCUCGCGCGCUCCGUCAUCACGCUGCAGAGGCUGGAUCAUUCGCAAGAAAUACCAGGACGAAAUUCACAAACCGGCAGCCAUCCCACCCCCGCCCACCCAGAAGGCCCCCGCGCCCCCGCCGCCGCGGAGAAGUCGCAGCAGAAGGACGCAGCGCAAUGGAUGAAGGCGAAGAUGAUGGGCGCCCUUGGAGCUCAGUCCUCGCUCGACAGUGAGCCCAAGAAGGAGGCGAAGGAGGCGAAGAGGGAGGCCCCGAAGCCACCGAAGACGAAGGAGACAAUGACGGAGGAUGAAGCCGCCACCCUCAUCCAGUCUCGUUUCCGAGGUCACCUGACGCGGCUGGAGUGGGGACCCGCCCUUGAGGAGAGACUAAAGAAAUUGGUUGAGAAACAUAUUGAUAACGCGGAGGAGGCGUCAAAGGCUUUGGAGGCGGAGGGCCUGUCAGCAGAGGAGGCGGCUAUGAUCAUCCAGAAGUUCUGGGGAAGACACAAGAAGGAGAAGGAGAAGAAGAAGAAGGAGGAGAAGGAGAAGGAGACACUCGAACCCAAGAAGGACCUCGGACGCUACACCAACAGCAAGAAGAUGACGAGUCUCAUUAUGUUCUCGGAGAAGGUACACAUGUCCAACCAGGAAACCCACAAGUACCUCAGGCGCCACAAAGCCGGGAUCCGCCUGGAGGAGGUCAAAGCGCCGCCCAAGGACUACAAGAGGCCUAAGGGAUUCGACCACAUCCCGCAGGUGAUCCACGAGCAGAGGAAGAGAGGAGCACCGCAGCCCCCGAUUUCCGCCAACCGACCAGUCAUCAAGAUCACUUCAACGGACGAAAAGAUCUCCGAAUAUUACGAUUUCUUGCAAGAGGAAAUGAGAAGUCCCACACCGGACUUUAACCCCGAUACACCCUGGGACGCGCCCUUGGCUUCGAAAAUCCAACGACCAAGCCGGCCGAGAGCUGCUGAGGGCACCGACGCCAAGGUGGACCUUCGACAGGAGAAGAUGAAGGCGGUGAAGGAGGGCCUGGUUACUCAGAACAUGGAAAACCAGGAGAAAUCCGAAGAACAUUUAGUCAAGUGGAAAGGCGCUGUGGCGUUCGGCGCUGGCGUUCCCCCGCCCGAGAUGGUGCCUAAGGGGCGCGUGACCCCAACCACCAACAUGAAAGCGGCUUCGGAGCUUCGCCAGAUGCUUCGUUCGAACGGGGCUUCGGGCAAGGCGAAGGCACCGCCCCCGCCAGCUCCCGUAGGACCCGGCAAGGUUUCAACGGAGGAAGAUGUGGGUCCUUAUAACUUCAGACAGUUACUGAGGAAGACCAACUACGCUCCUACAGACACUAUUAGGAAGAGGCAGCUAAAGAGGGACGGAGUCAAUGGGUAUGGAUCAGAGUACCAGAUGUAAAUCAUGAAUUAUAUUAAUGUAAAAUGUGUUAAUGAGAGUGUAUUUAUCUAUUUGUUCUAAUGAUCUUAUUCUCGUAUUUUUUCUGUUCGUUUGCCCCUCCCACUUAACUGUAAUGAAGGAGGAUGAAAUAUAGAUAUUUGAGACAAUAUUUGAAUUUAAGUGGAAUAUAAGAGAGAGAAAUAUAAACCAUAUAUUCUAAAUGCCCUUCGCCUGAUGAAAUAAAUAACCCACCCAACCCUCUCAUUCCCUUGUAAUGCCCUUGUAGUAUAUAGCGUGUCACCCUCCAAGGAACAAAGCCAAUAACCCCCGUAAUAAAAAAAAACCCUCCUUUAUAAACUAGGAAGAAAAAGUCCACCUACAGUAGCACCUAUUUCUUGAUAUAGAAUCCUCAUCUCUUUUCUCACCACAGAGAGUAAGCAAGCAGUACGCCCAACCCAAGAUACAACAUCCUCUCAAGAUAUUUGUUUUUAACUCUGACACUGGGUUAAAGGCAGAUAUUUGCAGAAAUCUGUUAUUGUUGCUGUUGUUGUUAUUGUUGUUGUUUCUCAGUCUUAACACCUCCCCUCUUUUCCCUAUAUCCUCAACCUCCAAGCCAUUAAAAUCAUAGCCAUCUAUAUAUACACUUUUGACAUAUAUAGAUCCUUUUUCCAAUUAGAUUGAUGCUAUUGGUAGUAGUUAUCUUAAGAAUUAUGUCAAUAGAUUAUAUGAUAUGAACGUAGCAUCACUGCAAAGAAAAUUAUAUCAAUAGAGUUUGAUUUGUUUCAUAAUCACCCAUUUAAAUGAGCUGUAGAAUGUACUCAAUGUAGGAUUAUUCCCCCAAUAAUGAAUGAGUAUGUGUUCUGUUAUACAUAUUCUGUCGUUAUUUUUUUCGUUAUUAAUGCCUAACUUUGAAAGAAUGAAAUUUAUGUAGCAGUGGGAAAAAAGAGAUUUGUAUACUGUAGAAAAAAUGGGAGGGUUAUGCAGUGAAAAACAAGGGUUUAUAUAAUGUAACUGUGAAGAAGGAAAGGUUUAUGUGAAAAGGGAAAGAUUAUGAAAAUUAGCUGUGAAAAAGGAAAAAAAUAUAUUGUACUGUAGCUGUGAAAAUAGGUUUAUGUUCCAUAGCAGAAAAAGGAGGGAUUUACGUACUGAGACUUUGAAAAAUAAAAUAGGUCCAUGUAGAGGUCUUAUUUAUUAUGUUUAUAGUUGUGAAAAAGAGAGAUUUAUGUAGGUGGUUUUCAUGCUAGUCAUUUUGCUCUCAAUUGAAAGAGCGCUUAAUAUUAAUGAUUAUCACUUUCUGAUUUAUCCUGUUUGGUUUGUGAACGAAAAGAUUUUGUUAGACAAAGCCUUAGCAAAAAAAAAUAUUGUCUUUAUUUAGGUUUCUCAUUAUAACAUUAUGCAAUCAGACUGCUAACAAUUUAAGUUAAAGACAAAUAAAAAAUAAUAAUAAUAUUAAUAAAAAAUCUGAAUUUACGUGUUUUAUAUUUCAUGAAACGGAGAUUUUCCGAAUUAUUGAGACAAUACUCUUAGGUGUCUGCAUGUGUUAUAAUUAUUACCUUCAAUGACUGACAACUUGUGGAUGAGAAAGGCUUGUGUGAGAGAACAGCAUGUCAGCUUUUAUCCCUAUAAAGAACAUUAUCAAAUUAUCGUUUGUUUUACUUUACCCUUUGUCGUGUAUAAAAAACACAAUGCUAACAGUCGAAUUGAAUUGAUAUUCUAUAUAAGGCUACAUCUUUCCAUAACAUUUUCACUUAUGAGAUGUUCUUACCCUCCCCCUCCCCGCUUACUUAUAUUCAUUACCGUCUUCACCGUAAAAAAAACUGCCUUUGCAUAUAAUUUUCAUCAUCACUAUUAUAAAGCCCUUUUUCCUCAUCACCAUCUUUCUAGUAUGUGACUUCCUCGUCACAAUCAUCAUUAGUUAUUAAAGACUACAUUUAAUCGGGAUUUUGUUUUAUCUUAUCAGGAGGCUCUUUUUCCUCGUCUUUGUUUCAUACCGUUAUCAUCUAUGUAUACUCACUUCUCUUUCUUAUUCCCAUUUCCACUAUCUUUAUAAAAUUCUAUCAUAAAACAUUCCGUCAUUUUCCCUUUCAGUUACAAUAUAAUCAUUAUGAAAACCUCCCAUUCUUUCUCCUCAUCAUCACCCCUUUUGAUACUUAGUCUUUUAAACGAUCACCAUAACAAAUCUUCCUUAUUUAUCAUUCUUCACUUCUGGACUCGUCUGUCUUUUCUCUUUUUCAUUUACUUCCUUACCCAUUUUUAUCAAAAUCAGUCCCUCCUUUUCGCUAUCAACUUCACUCUAAAAUCUCUCCCUUUAUUUCCCUCCUCUUCGUGCACAAUACUCUCAAGGGAAUUACAAACAUCAAGUGUUUUGUGCUUUAUUUACAUCCAUAACAUUUCAUAGUAUACAUAGAAACCUACGAUACACAGUUAAUUCCAGUGAGGAGUCACACGCGAAAUCACAAUAUAUGAUUUAGAAGACUGAGGACCUGCAGCUACCCAGUGAUAACAGUUAAGACACGCCUGAUGGUCGAGAAAGUUAUCAAAAUUGUGAGUAAUUUUGAUUCUGAAUUUUGUACCAACACGUGAGCUAUUUUUGGUUUUGUUUUGUUCUCCUUUUUUCUCUUAUUUGUUUAUUUAUUUAUGCAUUUUUCUCUUGGAGGAUCACGUGAUGUUUGGUCAAAAUCGUAUGAGUGGGAUAAGAAAUACAAGAUUAAUUUCAUGCAGUGUAUUUGCUCUGCUUCAGGCGUGGUAAUAUUUAAUACAUUCUUUUUUCUUUUUGUAAUAUGUACUCAUUUUGUUAGAUAUGGCCAGUAACAAGUACGGUUUGACAGAGAGAAUUUUUGGAUUUAUACGUAAGAUUGCAUAUAUGACAGUUUCUUUCAAAUAAUAUAUCUAAAUGUAUGAAUCAUUCUUCUGAUAAUGAAGAAUGUAUUCACACAGGAUGGAUUUUUUUCUCUUU